AUGGAAUUAGGAGACCAUCAAACCGUUCAUUAUUCCCUUAGACCCAGACGAGAUCACCCUCCUCCGAACCCAGAUCCGGCGGCGCCACCCCCUGCGCCGUCGUCUCCGGUUCGCUACCGUGAAUGUUUGAGGAACUACGCCGUGAAGAGCGGCGGGCACGUGCUCGAUGGGUGCGGAGAGUUCAUGCCCAGUGGGGAAGAUGGUACUCCUGAUGGGUUCAAGUGCGCCGCCUGCGAAUGUCACCGGAGUUUCCACCGGAGAGUAGUGGAGGUGGUGGAUAACGGCCGGAUUAAGGUCGUGAGUUACGGUAAGAGGACAGAACGGCGGAGUUUCGCUGGUCCGGUGAUGAUGGCGUUCGGCGGUUCGGCGGAAGGCCCGGCGGAGUCGUCAAGCGACGGCGGAGAAGCGUCGGGGAAGGCAAAGAAGCGGGUGAGGACGCAGUUCAGCUUAGAAGAGAAGGGUAAAAUGAUGAGCCACUAG